CAUAUGUAAUAUGUUGUUGAUUGUUUGGUUGGAAGAAAGCAGAGGAAGCGAAGGGGGGAGAGGGGGGAAGUAAAAAGAAGGAGAUGCUAGAAAAUCCAUCCGAUCCCUCGUCCAACACUCUGCCUGCUCAAAUCAAGCGAUAUGCACCGCCCAAUCAGAGGAAUCGUGGUCUCAAUCGGCGCAAAUCUGGAGAUCGAUCUGAUAGAACAACCAAUCUCCACUCAACUGAUGGGGAUACUGGUCUGCAGAGUGCUUUGAGUCUAGAUCAUUCUGAUACAGGGAGCACCAAAUCUGUAUAUGAGACUUUUCGCCCACGUUUGAUAGCCCUAAAUGGUUGCUGUACAACUGAAGCUUCCCAGCUUUUGCAUCAACGUUGGAAGACCGCUAUUAAUUGCUACAGUGAUCCCACAGUAGAUUUAUCUGAACGACCAGUGAUGUACACAGGAAGUGCUGCAUCAGCUUGGGGAAACUUUAGAUUGCCCCAUCAGUUAAUCUCUGGGCCGCAGAUGGAUUUCUUAGCAGAACUUCAAAAUGCUAUCAAUAAUAGUAGUGCAAGCUCGAUGAACUGAAGACACUUUGAGAUGCUACUAUCUGUUACUCAAUUAACAUCUUGGUGGUUUAUCUGGUGAUUUAAUCCAACUUCAUAGUUUACUGUUGACAAUUGUACUAAUAAGCUAAUAUAUAUUGGUCUCUUCUUAUGAACUGGCAAUAUAGGAUGGUAGUCUUAUCUCUAGAGAUGUUUUGGAUAAAACCUUGAAACCUUUUCGUGUAGCAUGAAGCACGCAGGUUGAUUGGAAUGAAGCACACUUUAGGAACCGGUUUGGUUUAACAA